AUGUCAUCCAUUGCUAGCCAGUCUUCCGAGAUCAUAGAGACCAUCACUCGCACUAUCAGGGCCAUCCAGGGUCUCCCAGACACUCAGCGCAACUUAACGAACGAGCUUGUAAAGUUGCGAAGGCUGUCCAACUUUUGCCUCAACUACGCCCAGGACACCGAAAAGGCCUUUGAUAAAUGGCUUCUAGCUGUUUCUGAGUUCCACCAGGCCUCUGUUCAGGAACACGGGAAGACUGAGAAGCAGUCUCAAACGAAUCUAAGCGCUAUGUUACGGGCCGAGAUUGAGGCAAGUUACACAAACAAGGAACUCGAGAGGGCCGACAAGGCUUCUGAAGAGAUGAAGGAGUCGCUCCAGAAGCAGGAGAAGGCGUUUCAAACCGCCAACGACGCUGUACCAUCUGCUUGGGAGACCUGCGCUAUCGGUGCUCUGACCUCUAUUACUUCGGCAGGACCCGUGCUUAUUGCCCAGGCACUGCCUGCCAUCAUCAGUGCCGCAAAUCCCAUGACUGGAGUCAAUGGACUUGUAAAUGGGCCGACUCAAAUUGGUCGCCAGGGUGCGCUCAACGCUGCGGGUGCACCGCCCAUUGCCCGGGCUCUUCUCGGUGGCCAUCAAGGCGUUCAGCCUGGGGGCGCAACCCUCCAGUUCAACGACGCAACUCCUGAGACCGACCCUGCCUAUGUCGCAGCUCCUCUACUUGCCCCCUUCAUCACCACGCUCUUAACUUAUCUUACUGCUGGCGAGGGCAAUACCCCCGACUGGUCAAAGUUCAAGGAUCAGGCGUCUAGGAACGGAGCCGGUACCGAGGGCCUGACAUGGCUCCUCACCAACCUCGAGAUGCAACAGAAGUCUGCAAAGCUGGGUACGGGUCAACCUAGCGUUGAGCUGACCGCUGUCUUUGACUCCAGUAUUGCUAUCGUCGAGGAUAUCAAGAAGGAGGUCGCCAAUCAGCAAAGUUUUACUUCCGCCAAGACUGACCCGGCCUCCAUUAAGAAGUGGCAAGAUGCCAUCACCAAGGCGAAGCUUGCCGUCACAAAGCUUGAAGCUACAGCAAAGUCGUUCCCUGGAUCCUCCUCGAAUGCACCAAAGUUGAAUAAUAUCUCCGUGGACAAGAAGGACAACAGUGCCGUCACUGCCGCCCUUAGCAUGACCACCGAGAAACUUGCCCUUAAUCAAAGGGCCCUCGAGACUGCCCAGACCAACUAUACUAAUGCUGUAGCAGCUGCCGCGGAAGUUCAGAAGAGGCUGACUGGGAUUCGGACUAAACUUAAGGGCAUCGAGAUUACUGGAAAAGCCCUUGAGCGCGUCAAAGAGAUCUUGAUUGAAUGCAUCGCCAUUCUGGUUGAGCUUAAGGUGCAGAUCAGCAAGCUGACUACCUUCUUUAACGCUCUUUCUACCAUGGUCAAGGUCAUCAUUGAUACCAAGGUGAAGAACUUUGACACUGACGCCACCGCUAUCGGUGAGGAGGCGUCUCAGAAGGGCAUGCUGAAGCUUAAUGAUCUCGACAUCGAGACCAUCUACAUGUCGACUCUGCAGAUCAAAGCAUACUUUGAUCUUCUACAGAUGACCUGCCAGAUGUAUACCAAUGUGCACGCCAAAUACAUCAACCCGGGCCUUGACCUUCUUACGAAACUAAGCAAGGUCGCAAAAACCGCUGAAGAGAUCGCUCUUAAGCGCGACGAGCUCAAUAACUUCACAGAUGCUGCUCAUAAGGCUAUAAAUGAACUUGUUGCUCAGAAGCAGCAGGAAAUCUCCAACGGCCUUCAGUCCCGCAUUGAUGUAAUCGCAGAGCAAACAGACAUUUUGCACAAGGUCGGCGUUCCCAUGCCUGCGGCUGGCAUCAUUCAGGCUAUGAGGACUGGCGGUGAGGUGAUCAAGGAUGCGGUCAAGGACAAUCUGCCCAGCGGUAUGCGUGUGCAGCAGAACUUAGAUGCUGCGUCUGACUUUUGA